AUGCUACGCAACCCGUGGAUCGUCAUCUUGCAGGCCAUGCUCCACAGCCGGGACUUGCUGAGAGCAAACGGCCCUGUCAUGCAGGAGACAGAAAGUAGUCUUGCGCAGAGUUUGCGCAAUAGGCAGUUUCCAUCAGUGUCCUGUACCCCUUGCAGCAUGAGCGGAUGCGAGUUUUGCAUGAGGGCAGGUUGCUCGAAGGUUGUAGUGGCAAGUCAGCUCGUGGCGGUGAGGAGUUGCCUACAACUCGCAUACAAGUGCGAGCACGACUCGCACGUGCAAGAGCGGCUCUGGCAGGCAGGAGAGUUUGCGAAGAAUACGGGUGGUCGCCUUGGCCAACAGACAACUCUCAUGGACGAGGCCAAGCUGAUUUCUUUCAAUUUGUUCGAAGUGUGCAAGUCUCGAUCUCAGCCGCAACACCGGGAAUCCUGA